AUGUACGAAGGGAUUGACAACCUGAAAUCCCUUUACGACCGUGCCGGGAAGACUUUCUCCGGCGGUCCUUCUGCGGCACAGGAUGUGUCGCGUCGUACUGCUCGACCAGACCCAGUACGUCAACCAUCAAUUGGGAGCGGGGCUCCCAAGAAUCCCAGGACGGGGGAUAGCCGCGCCACCGGACGAGGUAACUCGUCCGACGUCCGUUCACGUCGCGGUGGUUCAACAGCUGCUCAACUAGAUAGCGCUGGCCACCGCGAGAGUCCUCUAAUGGAGGUGGAGGAGGAGGAAAGACGCUCUCCACACGAUCAUGUGGAUCGGUGUGUUCCCGAGAGCUUCUUUGAUCGCGUAACGCAAGGGUUACGCGACGAUCUCGAGCAUGAGCGGAAUAGGCGUCUCCAGAUGGUGGACACUGCCUCGAAGCAUCGAGCUGAGUUUGCCUUUGCUCAGCUUGAGAACGAGAGAUCUCUGACAUCUCUUCGUGACGAGCUAAGGGUAGCUCGUGGGAUUGUUGAUCGGUCUCGGGCUGAGAUAACUGCUCUUCAGACCCUUGUUGAUGCCCACCAUCGGGAGCACAAGGCUCUCUGCGAGAUGCUUGAGCGCAAGGGCGUUCUUCAUUGGAAGAAGCAGCGUACUGAUGGUACGGCUUAA